AUGAUAACAAAUUUUUUGGAUCAUCCUGUUGUUCAUGUGUCCUGGAAUGAUGCGGUAGCUUAUUGCAACUGGGCAGGAAAACGGUUGCCCACAGAAGCAGAGUGGGAGGUUGCAUGUCGAGGGGGAAAGAAACGCAAACUCUUUCCUUGGGGAAAUAAAUUAUCACCACGCGGCAAACAUUGGUUGAAUAUUUGGCAAGGCGAAUUCCCAGAUGAUAACACUGCGGCCGAUGGCUAUGGCAUAACCUGUCCUGUCAGCGAAUUCCGUCAAAACGACUAUGAUAUUUAUAACAUUGUGGGAAAUGUUUGGGAAUGGACACAAGACAGCUGGCAAAAAGAUGAGGUUGGUCCGAAUGCUCAGCGUGUAAAGAAAGGUGGUUCCUACUUAUGUCAUGAAUCCUAUUGCUUUCGGUAUCGGUGUGCUGCUCGUUCCCAAAACACUGCAGAUAGUUCAUCCGGAAACUUGGGCUUCCGUUGCGCAAAGAAUGCUUAAAUAUCAACUUUGGUCUACACCGGAAUGAAUAUGUAUUAUAUGCACAAAUAAAAUAACUUUGCAAGGUAUAUACAAA